UUUUUUUUCUCUUGCAGCUUCUUUGCUGGCAGGAUGCUGGCUCUGGAUCAGAUCAAUGCAGAUCAGCCCCUGAUCCUGAAGGAGCUGGACUGGGCUGAGCAGGAGCCCCUGCCAUCGCUCAGCCCCCCGUGUCCCUCCUGGCGCCAGGACGUGUCUCUGGACUGCAAGUUCUCUCCGGAGGACACCCAGGCACACGCCUGGACCACCUACUACUACGACCUGCUGCAAUGCACCCUGCAGCAGGAGGGGCUGCCGGAGACAGUCGACCGCACCAAGGAGCCCAGAACAGGGUUCAGCUCGGGGGAUGUAACCAUCUGCAUCCUGGGAUCCCCAACCUCGUACCUGUCUGUGCUGCUAGAGGGCAGCUCCCAGUGCCCAGGUAACAUGCUGCUGUGCCUGUCGCCCAGCUGGCUGGCCAAGGUGCCCUCUGAGCAGCACCCCGGCGAGUCGUCCUUGCUGGUUUCCAAGGCUGUCUCCUUCGAGCUGGGUGGGCGCACAUGCCUGGACGAGUUCUCGCCCCCGCGCCGUGUCACCUACUUCAUGGGCUCCUUUGGGCCAUGCAAGGAGCACGGGCAGUCAGCGGGGGAGCUGGCACGUGACCUGGAUUGCCCCACGGGGGGCUCGGGGGAGCUGGCCCGCCUGCUGGAGGACAAGCUGCUGACACGCCAGCUGCUGGACCAGCGGGCCCAGGUGGGGGUGCCGCCCACGCUGGCCUUCACCUUCAAGCGGCUGCGCCCACUGCGGGACGUCACCACUGAGCGCUCCGUCCGCAUGGUGGAGCUCAGCGGCAAGGAGGGCCAGGAGAACCUCAUCCAGGAGGAGAUCGAGGCCUUCCUGCAGGGUAGCGCCAUGGAGCCCUACAGCCAGGUGGUGGUGAAGCCAUCGGGCUGGCGCUGGAGUGGGGCCCAUGCUGUGACCUUCCAUGCCAAGGUGGAGCAGGCUGCCAUGCUCCAAGCUGUGCUGGCACUGCUGGAGACCCUGGAGGAGGAGGAGAGCGCCCUGCUGGAGGCCUUCAUCCCCACUGCCCGCCUCACCCAGCCCGAAUCCCCCAACAGCACCUCCCCAAGCAGCACAUCUCCGAGGCCUGACCUGGCGAUCCGGAUCUGCACUGUCGUCUGCAGAUCCUGGGGUGACCAGCCUCUGCUGAGCCAGGUGGUGUGCGGCGUGGGACGGGCUGAUAAGCCCCUGAAGCACCAGGCCAUGGUGCCCCAGAGCCUGGAGAGCGGCCUGCGGCAGCAGGGGAUGACAGAUGAGGCCCAGCUUGCGGCCAUCCGUGCCCAGGUCAAGCACAAGGCCGAGGCCGCCAUGACGGCCUUCCUGGAGAUGGAGGCGGGGCUGUCGGUGGAGCAGCGGGGCGGGCGAUGGGCCCAGACGGAUGUGAUUGGCGUGGAUUUCCUCCUGACUUCGUCGGAGCAGGUGCUGCAGCUGAUGGCUCUGGAGAUGAAUUCUCAGCUGUGCCUGGAGACCUGCGCACUCUUCGAGUCCAUGGGUCAGGCGGUGGGGAUGCCGGCAGGCAAGUCCUCGCGUCCUCUGGUGGAGACGAUGUUGCGGCGUACACAGUGUCACCUCAUGGAGGGCAAGCACGUGUUGGUGAUCGGGGCCGGAGGAGUCAGCAAAAAGUUCGUCUGGGAAGCGGCCAGGGCCUACGGGCUAAAAAUUCACCUGGUGGAGUCGGACCCCAACCACUUUGCCUCGCAGCUGGUGCAGACCUUCAUCCACUAUGACACCACGGAGCACAAGCGGGACGAGGAGCAUGCCCAGCGGCUGGUUGCGCUGGUGCGGGAGCGGGGCCUGCACCUGGAUGGCUGCCUCUCCUACUGGGACGACUGCAUGGUGCUGACAGCCCUGGUGUGUGAGCAGCUGGGCCUGCGCUGCAGCCCGGUGGCCGCCAUGCGGGUGGCCAAGCAGAAGAGCCGCACCCACCAACACCUGCUGCGCCGGCGCAAGGAAGCCCCGCUUGGCUGGGCCUCAGAGGCGCUCUAUGCCGUUCCCUGCUGCCACCUGGAGAGCCACGCUGACGUGGAGCGGGCUGCCCGCCAUCUCUCCUUCCCCGGCGUCAUGAAGCUAGAGUACGGGGCGGGCGCCGUGGGGGUCAAGCUGGUGGAGGACGUGCAGCAGUGCCACCUGCACUUCGAGAAGAUCUCACGGGACUUGCGGGAGGAUACGGAUCACCCAGGCAUCGGGCUGGGCUGGGGCAACGCCAUGCUGCUGAUGGAGUAUGUCUCCGGUACUGAGCACGACGUGGACAUUGUGAUCUAUGAUGGGCGCAUGCUGGCCGCCUUCGUCUCCGACAACGGGCCCACCCGCGUGCCCCACUUCACUGAGACGGCGGCCAGCAUGCCCACCUGCCUGGCGCCUGACCGCGAGGCCCAGCUGGUGCGUGCCGCCUACCAGUGCUGCUUGGGCUGCGGCCUGACCAACGGCGUCUUCAACGUGGAGCUCAAGUUGACGGCAUCUGGGCCCAAGCUCAUCGAGAUCAACCCCCGCAUGGGUGGCUUCUACCUGCGCGACUGGAUCCAGGAGAUCUACGGAGUGGAUAUCAUGCUCGCCUCGGUCAUGGUGGCCUGUGGGGUGCCCCCGCUGCUGCCCGCCCAUACCCAGCCACGCACCCACCUGGUGGGUGUCAUGUGCGUGGUGUCACAGCACCUGAAGGCCCUCAAGUCCACAGCCAGUGUGGAGACAUUGCAGGCCCUGCAUGAGCGUGGCAUCAUCCGCCUCAACCUGCUGGAGGAUGAGCUUGUUGCCCGUGAAUACGAAGAGCCCUACUGCAACGUGGCCUGUGCCAGCCCCAGCCGCCGCGAGGCCUGCCUCAAGUUGCUGGGUGUCUGCCAGGUGCUGGGUAUCGACUCGCCCCACUAUCCUGUCACCCACUUCCUCUCUCACUUCAAAUAGCACCCAGGGAGCCCCCGGGGAGGGGGCCACCCCACUGCCUCUGUCCUGUUCCCCCGCCAUUCUCCCUAGGGCCUGCUGGGCUCAGAGCCGGUCCUGGAGGAGCCCCCUGGCCUCCCCCUCCCUGGUGUGUCCCCACCAGCCGGGGCACCGGUGCUUGCAUUACGUGGCUCCUCUGUAUCCCAGUGUUGUGUGUGUUUUUUUUUUUACCCACAGCUGCCCCUUUUCCCCCCCAGGAGGGGGCCCCUGGUGUCAUCUCUGGUAAGAGCCACGCCCACCUAUGUGUGUGUGACAUGGGAUUGCACCAGUAUGGCAUCUGUUCUGCUCCCUCUGGGGCUCCUCCAGCUCCCCCCUGCCCCAGCUGCCCUGUCCUGAUCCUCUAGUUUCCCUCCCUCAGCUGACCUGUCCCAUCCCUGGAGGGGUCCCCCACCCUCUCUGCAGACUCCUCCCUGCCCCCUUCUUCCCCAAUGAGAUCCUCCAGUUGACUCCCGCAACCAAGGCCACCAGCCCCGGGAAGGGCUGUAUGUCACGGACCCCAGUCUCCUGGGCACGAGCUCAGUUCUGGAGUGUCUGUUCAGCCAUGGGGGGAGGGGAAGGACUGAGGGUCUGGAGCCUCCAGGAGUGGAGACUUAAGGCUACAAGUGGCCCUCCAGUAACUAACAACUGUAAGCAUGUUCCCUGCUCCCCCCUCAUGCUCCUCAGUCACCCUACCUUAGCAAAUCACUGUAUGCUACCUCCUCACCGUGCUUGUCAGCAACCCUACGAUAACAAACCACUGUACACCCCCCCACCCCCUUGCCAGCAACCCUACAAUAACAAGCCACUGUAAUCAACCCCUCUGGUACUCAACCCUACUGAUAGCAAACCACCAUAUGCAACCUGCCCACGAGCUCAUCAGCAACCCACCAGCUAACAACAAACCACCGCAUGCAACCCCUCCCAUGCUUGUCAGCAACCCUACAAUAACAAACAAUUGUGGGCCAAGUCCUAGCACGGACCCUGCGAUAACACAUACCCUAUGCAAACUCCUCAUUAGGAAACCUACAAACCCACUGAACCUGAGACACUGAACUCACCCCCUUGAGCCUGCAGCCCCAGCACGGGAAGAGCCUGCACUGAUAAUGGAACCCUAGCCAUGCUAACAAGCAAUAACAGGGCUCCAGAGCAGCCCUAUGCUAACUAACUAGCAGGCCUGGCCCCCGGGAAGGACAAAGACCUUACACUAACAAAGCAGGCCCAACCCCCCAGCAGUUUUGAGGGCUGUGGAUAUACAGCCCCAGUGCUUCUGAGUGACCCUACAAUAACAAACCAGCGUGUGGCGCCCCAGUGCCUCUGAGUGACCCUACAAUAACAAACCAGCAUGUGGAGCCCCAGUGCCCCUACAAUAACAAAUCAGAGCGUGGAGCCCCCGUGCCCCUAUGAUAACAAACCAGCAUGUGGAGCCCCAGUGCCUCUGAGUGACCCUACAAUAACAAACCAGCAUGUGGAGCCCCAGUGCCCCUACAAUAACAAACCAGCAUUUGGAGUCCCAGUGCCCCUACAAUAACAGACCUGAGCAUUGAGCCCCCGUGCCUCUGAGUGACCCUACAAUAAUAGACCAGCGUGUGGAGCCCCAGUGCCUCUAAGUGACCCUAUAAUAACCAGUGUGCAUUGCCCUUAGCAUCCAUAAGUGACCCUGUCAUAAGUGACCCAGUGCCCUGAGAGACCCUACAAUAAUAACAAACCAGUGCACAUAGUCUUAGUAUCCCCGAGUGAUCCUACAAUAACAAACCAGUGCAUAGCAGCCCGAGUGACCCUUCAAUAACUGCCCUGGCAUCCCUGAGUCUCCCUACAAUAAUAUCAAACCAGAAAGCACAGCUCCUAGCAUCCUUAAAUUAUCCUAUAGAAGCAAACCAGCGUGCAGCGCCAUGAGAGACCCUACAAUAUUAACAUACCAGCAUGCAUAGCCCUAGUGUCCAUGAGUGACUCUCCAAUAACAAACCAGUGCAUGGCACCUAGAGAGACUUCUGUAAUAACAAACCAGCCUGUGCAGCUCCCGUGACCCUACAAUAACAAACUAGCAAAAGCAGAAGGAAGCAAGACUCAGGUCUAAAGGAAGCUUAGUCAGGUUCUCUUCCUCUUUAAGAGCCCAUGGAUUCCUGCUGCUUCCUCCCUGACUGGUGUUAUUGCUGUCACAGCAAGAGAUUGUGAGAUCAUUGGGAAUGAUGACAUCAUUGGUGAGGGGAGGAGCAUCUGGAAAUUGUGAUGUCUUAAAGGGGCAGAGGGCCUGAACCAGGGCAGAGGGAGGUGGGUGGGAGAUGGGAAGUGACAUCACCAUGGUGCUUGUAGCCAUGGCAUACCAUGCCAAGGUACCCAAGGACGGGGGCAUUAGCAAGCCCGUCCCCCUGUCAGCAUGGGCUGGAGUUCCUCGUGACACUCCCCACCUAUGUGUCCUUCUGCCGCCUCUGUAACCGGCAGCAGAUGGACAAAGUAGUCCCUCCCCAAUAAAAUGCCAUGUGCAAAUAUGUGGGUCCUUGAGGCAUUAUUGGCACCCUGAGCUGCAGCAGGGUUGGAAGAAGAUCCAGCAGCCAAGGAAGAACAGGAUGUGGAGGGAGCCAGUGGCCUGCAGAGAAAUGAGGAGGCACCACCAGCUACCUCCCUUUGCCUCUCCUGUCUGCAGGGUCCAUCCAAGCAACUCCUCCUGCACAAUGGGAGCCACAGCACCAUUCCCCUGGGGCUACCUGGGCCCCAGCUCCCUCCAUCCUUCCCCUCCUGGGUCUCAACUGGAGGCGCCACAGCAGAGAAGAUGAUGGUGGUGGUGGCCAGUCUUCUCCAGGCCCGCUCUGCCAAGGGGUCACUUUCCUGUCUUCUCUGUGACCCUGUCUUUUCCAGCAGCUGCUGUGGUUGGACAGAGCCCAUAGUGCCCGUCCACCUCCUGGGCUUCCCCUCCCGGCUCAGCAAACUUCUUGGAGCCCACUCCAGAAUGGAGGGCAGGGCAGCCUGGGGUGCCCCAGUUGGCCCCAGCUCCAUUCUGAACAAUGGUCAAGUCACCUUGUGCCUUGGGAUCCCUCACCAGGCUCCUUCCCUGCCCCCAGACUUGCCUAGUGCCUCUUUGGAGGCCAAGACCCUGGCACUUCUGGCACAAACAGCAUGUGGGGUUAAGGGAGCAUCAGCCCAUCCAGCACCCUCCCCAGCUAUUACCUAAAGGGGCCUGAGCCAGGGCCCUGGGAUUCAGACUCGGCUGCCUAAAAUGCUGGGGUUCUGACCAGUUUGGAGUGAAGGAAUUACUGCCACAGAUCAGACCCAUGGGCCCAGCCAGCCCUGUAUAUCUGCCCCCGCCCCCCCCCAACCCCAGAUCAGACCCUUGGAUCCAUCCAGACCAAUAUCCUGGCUCUGAUGGGGGACAGUGCAAAGCUCUGCAGUGGAGAACUGGGCUCAUCUCUCAAGACCCUGCCAAGCAGGGGCCCUGGCACAGAUCCCUGCAUGAGGAGCUGCUGUCAGCUCUGGUGCCUGUCUCCCCAGUGCCUGUGUGGCUUCCAAUCCUCACACUUCUGUUUGCCCCCCGCCAGGAGGCCAGCUCAGGCCAGCCAGCAGCACCACCCACCUCUCAUUGGCCUUCACCAGUUGUUGGCAGAAUUCCAUGCCAGCUUCACCUCCAUACCCAGGCAUUGCUAGGUUUCCCUAGAAUUUCCUUCACUUCCCAGGGGCAUCCCCCUGGGCAUGGGGCCUGCAACACCCUCAGUUCAACUCGGGACCCCCCGCAAGCAGGAUGGAAGUGGAGGUGUGGGUAUGUGAGGGCAGGGAGGGGGGCAGGAAUCCCAAACUCACCUAAUCCCUCCCUGCAUCAUUGCUGCCCUGGGGCUCCCCCCCACCCAGCCUGGACGCCCCUGCACCUGCCUCCAGCCAUGGCAAGUGUUAAGGGCAGGCUACCUAGACCAUGUCAUUUGGAGGGGCAUCCCCAAGUCCCGCCAGCAGCUGGGGAAAGAUGUGGGGGAGCCUGCUGCUUUAAGACCACCCCUCACAUGCCAGCAGGAUGGCGACAGGAACAGGGAGCUACCCCAUGCCCAGUUUUGAGGAAUGCCCAACUCCUUGAGGGUACCCCCCCUCCCCUGCAGAGCAGUGGCCCAAAGGGGCAAGCAGGAUGUUGCCUCUAGCACUGGACAGAGGCAGCCCCUAGGGAGAGGCGGCUGUGCAUCCAGAGCUAGCAUGGUCUCAUGUCCCUGCUUCAGCAGCAUCCUGCAGUGCCCAGCCCAGCGCAGAGCAGGUUUCAUGGGGCUGCUGCUGAGCCUGCCGGUGACACUCCUAAUGACAGGACCAAGGCCUUGGAGCUGCAGGACACAGAGCCUCCCUAACCCCGCAUGUUGAGAGGCAGAGGAGACUGAGCUCUGACUAUGGGUGAUGGAUCCCCUCUCAUUUUUUCCCCUUCUGCUGCUGAAGCAGCAUGGUGCUGGGGGGCGGUGCUGUGCUGCAGGAAGCAUGCUGGUGGCUCAGUACUGGGUGCUGUCCCCAGCAGUCUGUGCUGACCCCAAUUCCCCAGUGUGUGGGUUGGGAGGUGCACACGUACUGUGCUGCAGGGAGUAGGGUGGGGGCUCAGCACUGGAUGCUCUCCCCUGCCAGUCAGUGCUCAUGCUAGUUCCAACCCUAACAUAUCCUGCUCUGUCCCAGCCACAAAUCCUCCUCUAAAGGACUACAGUGUUUUUGUAUGGUAUCUCUGCCCCUUCUGACAUCAGUGACCUAGUCCUGGCACCAGCAUAGCCCUUUUGCUGGGGGCAGCUGACCUCUGAGACCUUGCAGAUCAUCUUCCCAGCAGAAGAGACAUCAGUGAUGUGGAGUAUGGAUAGUCUAAGGUAACUCACUUUAUUUACAUACACAAGUCCUGAAACAGAGGUGGUCAAACAGCACACAGGGCAAUCUGUGCUUCCAUGUGGCUCAGCCCAACCCCAGUGCCUGGUUCACAAGGAUCAACUCUGCCUUCAGAAAUUAACUCCAGUGAAAGCCCAAGGCAGACAGCAAACUUUCCCACUGCUCAGCCAGCUCCCUCACCCCCAGGAUCACUGCCUACCAGAACAUUGCAGAACCCAAAACAACCAACCACCCAGUAUAUUUUCCCAAGAGUCAGAACUUGCUAGCAUACUGAAGAGUGUGUAAUGGUGGCAUCUGCUGAAAACAUCUCAAGUAUAGCCCUGAAGAAUGAGGCUGGGCCAGUUAGUGUCAUAACACAGAGUGCGUGAGUGGUAUGAGCAUACUCCUAAUUCUGAUCUCACUUGACCCACCCCAACACAGGUCCUAGAUCUUCUCUUUUACAAGCUGAUUUACAGCAUAUCCUCUGGACAGAUUGCUAAUAUCCUAAAAGGAGGGCAGGUCCCCCAGCUUCCCUGGGAAACUUGCCCCACAUACGCCAGGGGAAGGAUUAAAGAGAAGAGGGAGGAGCAGACCCCCCACCCCCCCACAGGCAGCAGGAUCAGCUUUGCUUAGAACUGUCCUACUCAGUGGAUUCCUGAGGACACCAGCUGUUCUUGCCAGCAGCCCCACAGUAUCAUGUGGCUGGCUCUCUGGAGCCCUUGCCAGGCUGAGAUCC